AUGGGGAAGAAGCCGUGCAGUGCUGGCCCUUCCUCGGCAUCCAGGCCCAUGAACCAGGCCAUGUCGCUCCGCGAGGAGACCUCCGGGAAGACACAAGCCAACACGCCCUCCCUGCUGAGGGUCCAGCACCUGCAGCGGCUGGGGGCGUGGGCGACCGGUGAGGCGGGAGUUGGCUCGAUCGGAGCGGGGGGGGCACGCCCCAGAGAUGCGUGCCGCCUCUUCGGACAUGCCACCACACCACCCCGCAUGUCUUCCACCUUCCUUUGCCAGAAAUGUGAAUCAAUCUUACAUCCAGGCUUCAACUGCACAAUCCGCAUAAAGAACAACAAAAAGAAAGCAAAGCGGCGCAAGAAGUCAAAUCCUGGCCAAAACAGUGUUGUCUAUGCAUGCCAUUUCUGUGGAGACCAAAACCUGAUACGGGGUAGUGGAAAGGGUAUCGUGAAGGGACUGGAAAGAAGUCCAAAUAACCCCCCAGGAUUUCACAAACCGACUAAACAUAUGAACGUGCCAACAGUAACUACUAAAAAGGGGAUCGGGCAUUCUGUGACAGCAGCCUCGCAACUGGAAUCAUCCAGGUUGAAAAUAUCCACUCUUGAAAAGGAUAAACAAGGUAAUGGGCCUAAAUCUAAUCUUCCUGAAAAUUAUAAAAUGGAGAAAGGGGCAGUUUUCUCAAUGGUGGAUCAUGGUCAGUUAGCGGCUGCACACAAAGACAUCCUGCAGCAAAUCGAAGUAGAAAGCGCAAAUGAUAAAUGUGUGAAUGGAAUUCAGCCUGCGGCUUCUAAAAAUUCUACUACAUGUGAACAUGAUGUCACUUCUCAAGCAGAAUUUCUAGCUGGGUCAAACUUUGCUACUCCUCAGAAGAACAAACUGGCGGAAGUAGCUUCAGCAGAAGCAUUGAAGACUAGAAGUAGACUGAACAGCAAAGCGCAGAAUUGUGCUUCAGUUGCUGGCAAGGGCCCUGGAAAUUGUAGCAAGUCAGCUUCGAAUACCAGAUCUGCACGAGGUGAUUCUACUCAGCCAGCUGGCAGUUCAAGGAAGCGGGCAAGAAAAGGGUGGACUACGCUGAAGCAGAUUGCCGAGAAGGACGAGCUUGAGAGAAAAGAGAAGAUGGAUAACUUUGUAAUCCCGUUCUUCAUGCAGUAG